AUGGCAGGAUCCAAGGGCAAAUCCGACAAGCGCAAGACGUACUUCUCGCGUCUCUUUGCGCUGCUCGAGCAGUACCCGCGCGUAUUGGUCGUCGAGGCCGACCACGUAGGCAGCAAGCAGAUGGCGGACAUCCGUUUGGCGCUCCGCGGCAAGGCCGUCGUGCUCAUGGGAAAGAACACCAUGAUUCGCACUGCGCUGAAGCAAAAGAUGAGCGAGAUGCCUCAGCUGGAGAAGCUUCUGCCCCUCGUUCGUCUGAAUGUUGGCUUCAUCUUCUGCAUCGAAGACCCCGCGGAAGUCCGCAAGAUCGUCUCGGCGAACAAAGUUCCCGCGCCUGCGCGCCAGGGUGUCUUCGCUCCGAUCGACGUCUUCAUCCCUGCGGGCCCGACUGGCAUGGACCCGGGUAGCACCUCUUUCUUCCAGGCUCUCGGCAUUGCUACCAAGAUCGUCAAGGGUCAAAUUGAAAUCCAAACCGAGGUUCACCUCAUCAAGGAAGGCGACAAGGUGACUGCCAGUGCUGCGACGCUCCUCCAAAAGCUCGGCAUUAAGCCGUUCGAGUACGGUCUUGCGAUCCAACACGUCUACGACGACGGUUCGGUAUACAAGGCGUCGGUGCUGGACAUCACGGACGAGGUUAUUUUGGACAAGUUCAGGACUGGUACGAUGAACGUCGCUGCGCUGUCUCGGGAGAUCGGCAUGCCGACUACCGCCUCGGCCCCGCACAGCAUCUUGGAGGCCUUCAAGUUCUGCACGUCAUUGGUGCUCGAGUCCGACUACACCUUCCCGCAGAUGCAGCGGCUCAAGGACAUCCUGGAGAACCCCGACGCCUUCGUUGUCGCAGCUGCUGCGCCUGCUGCGGGCGCCGCCGCCGUCGAAGCCCCGAAGGAGGAGGAACCCGAGGAGGAGGAGGACGACAUGGGGUUCUCUCUCUUCGACUAA